GCAUAAGUGGCGGGGCUAUCGUCCUUGUCUCCAUUCCACGGAAGAUGGCCUCGCAAAAUCUGGUAUUGUUGGAGGAAGAUGAAGUUGUUAGCGGGGCUCAGCUUAUCGCGGAGUCCUUAAAGAUACAAGAAAUUGAAUACAUGUUUGGCAUUGUUGGUGUUCCUAUAACAGAAGUAGCAACUGCUGCACAAGCAAGUGGAAUUAAAUAUAUAGGAAUGCGCAAUGAACAAGCUGCCUCUUAUGCAGCUUCUGCUGUGGGGUAUUUGACUGCCCGGCCUGCCGUAUGCCUUGUUGUUUCUGGCCCUGGUCUUGUAAAUGCUCUGGCUGGAAUGGCAAAUGCAAAUAUGAACUGCUGGCCAUUGAUUGUCAUUGGAGGCUCCUCUGACAGAAAUCAAGAGACUAUGGGAGCUUUUCAAGAAUUCCCACAGAUUGAAGCAUGUAGACUUUUUAGCAAAUUUUCUGUCAGACCAAGCAGUCUAGAAGCUAUUCCUGCAAUUAUCGAGAAGGCUGUCAGAACCAGUAUUUAUGGACGCCCAGGUGCCUGCUAUAUUGACAUACCUGGAGACUUUGUAAAUCUGACAGUGAAGAAAAGCUCUGUCAAGUACAUUGAUUGCUGUCCUGCACCUCCUAUCAGUAUGGCUGAAGAGAUGACCAUUUCAAAAGCAGUUUCAUUUAUUUUACAUUCCAAGAAACCACUUUUAAUUAUUGGCAAAGGUGCUGCUUACUCACGUGCUGAAAACAGCAUCAGGAAAUUGGUGGACCAGUGUGGGCUUCCAUUUUUGCCUACGCCAAUGGGGAAGGGAGUUGUUCCUGACAACCAUCCAUAUUGUGUGGCUGCAGCCAGAUCUAGGGCACUACAAUAUGCUGAUGUGAUAGUAUUACUUGGAGCCAGACUGAAUUGGAUUCUGCAUUUUGGACUUCCACCAAGAUUUCAGCCAGAUGUAAAAGUUAUUCAGGUUGGAUGCUGGUACCUUUGGGACAAUGGGAGUUGGACUUGGUUUUGCAAUUGCAGCUGCUAUGGUUGCUAAAACCUGUAAUCCUGAGCAGCGAGUGAUCUGUAUAGAAGGCGAUAGUGCAUUUGGUUUUUCUGGUAUGGAAGUGGAGACACUUUGCAGGCAUAACUUGCCAGUCAUUAUAAUCAUAGUCAACAACAAUGGAAUAUACACUGGCUUGGACUCAAACACCUGGAAGGAUAUGCUGAAGCUUGGAGAACCAUCUACAUACGCACCUCCAGUAGCUUUGUUGCCAGAUGCUCGCUAUGAGCAGAUUAUGUCUGCCUUUGGUGGCAAAGGGUACUUUGUUCAAACACCGGAAGAAUUACAAACUGCCCUGAAAAAAAGCUUAGCUGAAAAGCUUGUCCCUUCUCUCCUUAAUGUCAUGAUCAACCCACAAUCAGACAGAAAAAAACAAGAUUUUCACUGGCUGACCCGUUCUAACAUGUAACAGACGAUGAAAAAACUUGAAGUAAAAUCCCUAUGUAAACUCAACGGAUGUCCAGAUUCAACAGCAUAAUUACAGUUGCUAGCUGUUCUUACAAAUUGAAUGAACAUGUUGAUUGCUAUGUAUAAGGAAGGAUUACUAAUUACAUACAUUUUGCCAUUUUGGGAGAGAAAGGCGAAAGAUUUAUACGAUCUGAAGAGAAACCAGAUAAACCAAUUUUCUGGGAGAGAAAAGACAUCUAACUUCUAUUUUUUUUUCCACUGCUUGUAUCAGCUUUUGAAAGCAUUUACUUUAAUGCCUGCCCAUUGAUCUUAAAAACAAGAGGUACAUAACGUACUGAUUCACUUUUGCUUUCUUUGUAUUUUUAUAGCAUGGGAAUGGCAACAGAGCCUUUUCUGUGUCUUUCAUUAGAGAAACCUUCGCAAACUAUGUACCAUUUAGAUGUAUGAUUUAACUCCUGUUGAAAUCUAUAGUUGCUUAAAACUGCUGGAGUAUGCAUUUUGCAUGCUUAAUUUAUAUGACUGAAUAUAUUUUUUUCAAAUUAAAUUACCUUGUUCUGUCAGUCACUUGUAUUCUUGUACUCUUAUCUAUGUUUAUUGUUUUAAUUGGCUUUGUAGUAUGCUUUACUAACUUUAAUUGCAUAUCAUCGAGUUUGUAUAAGUUGGGCGGCCAUAUACAUUUCUUUAAAAGUCAUAUUGUUAUGAAUCUUCUCAUAGAUACCAUGGAGAAGUUAGCAAAAGCUUGAAACCAAAUAAAUUAUUAUAUGAAAGCAUUUGAUUAAUUUAUACUUUAGUACUAAAUAGUUUGCGUGUUUUAAUCUGGAAAAAUGUUGGAUAUGUUUUAAUUCCAUAUUUGCAAUUUAUAACAUAUCCAUGUUGUACAAUUCUUUUGGAAAUAAAACUUUCUUCAAAGCAUAGAUAAAAUCACCAGAGGGCGCCAUUUAUUCAAGAUGCCUUUAAAACUUAAAAAACAAACACUAAUCUGCUGUUUUUAAAGGAAUUAUUUA